UUCUAACCUCAAAAUAUUUUUAAGUUUUUAAAAUUAAACCGAAUAAAAAUACAAUAAAAAAUGUCUCUCUACAGGGCAGAUAAUAUUUUAGAAAGGGUCGGGAAAUCUUUGGUAACGUGGAAAUCUUUAAUUAUGCACGCUCACCCCGAAGGUGAUAAUAGAAAAACCGAGCAACUGGAAAAACUGGAAACAUUCGUUAAAGAAUAUAGUGUGAUAGAAACAAAUUAUCAAAGGUCUAAAGACGCUUUGGAAAAACUAGAUGAGAAACUUUCGGAUUCCACAGAAAAAGCGGAUAUAGAUGAAAUGUACCAACAAUGCCUUAAUGAAUUACCCGGAAGCUCAAAUUACCAGAAAUCUAAUAUAUGGGAGACCUUUCACGGUAGAUCAGAUAUAAUGGAAGUACAUAAGAAAAACAAAAAAUUAAAAGAUUCCGAAUACGAUGAACUGGAGGAAUCCAUGUUUUGUGCAAAUGUCUUCACCCCACCCGUAGAUCCUAUUAGUAAAGCAAUUAUUACUGUAGCGUACAGAAACAAAGUGUGCGGACAUGUUUACGAAUACGACACUAUAGCCAAUUAUAUUGAAAGUUCCAAGAAAAAAGCGAAAUGCCCCUACAUUGGCUGCAAUAACAAUAAUUUGAAAAUAUCUCAAUUGAAAGAAGACAAGGCCUUGCAGGACCAGAUUAAGCAGUAUUUGGAGAACCAAGAAAACGCCAGUUCUGGUUCUGAUGAGGAUUGAUAGUUAUUUUAUAUUUCCUUUACCUAAUAAGUUUAAUAAAUUUCUAUUUUUUU